AUGGAGGUUGUCCAAAAAAAUGAGGCCUUCAAAAGGAUUGAUGGCAAAAUGAAAUUUGCCUAUGUCCAGGUUUUUGUUCGGCAAGGCGGCAAAUUAUAUUCUGGAAAAUGGACGAACCGAUUAGAUUCGCCGAAGACACUGGACGAUCUCCAGGCAGUCAAGCAAAUUCCAACCGAGGACAGGGGCCCAGAGGUGAAUACUACUUGGUCAGCGGUCUAUGUGAAAAUACCAAGUCUCCUCGCGUACGUCGAUGGAAAUCUCGAAAAACAAAUCACUCGCGAAAUUGAAACAUGUGAGACUCUUCGCAAGAAUCCCCAUCCGAAUAUUGCGACCUAUUAUGGAUACAAGGAGACUCACGGUCGAGUCUCUGGGCUAUGCUUCAAACGAUAUACGUCCACGCUACUCGAAGCGGUCAAUCCUCAACGUGUUGGCAAGGUUGCUUUCCUUUCAAGUGCUCGCGAUCUAGUGAAAGAGAACAUGAAAUGUGGUUUAGAAGGGAUUCGGGCCGCCAUUAAACAUCUUCACUCGCUUGGAAUUGUCCAUAACGACAUCAACCCCGCAAACAUUAUGCUUGACGAAGACGGUACGCUUAUUCUCAUCGAUUUCGAUAGCUGCCGAUAUAUCGGGGAAUCUUUGCGCAACACUGGGACGAAAAGAACUCACCACUGGCACGACCCUACCGUCGAUAUUUCGCUCGAGAAAAACGACCUUGACGCCUUCAAAGACCUACAAGUCUGGUUAACUGGAUCGGUGGAUGAAGACUUUAUUUUUGAAUGA